AGAAGCAGUUUACUCCAGUCGCCUUUGUUUGAUUGCGUGAAACCGACUUGCGAGAGAAAUUCUUAUUUUUCUGAGGUUCGUGACGCUAUCCCAGUCACGUGAAAGAACCCGGAAGUGACAACAAGCUGCUGUUCAGUGGAACGAAGAUAAGAUGACUGCAGCUCUAACUGCGGGCCUGGAGCGGAUCUCCGACCAGCUCGGCUAUCUGGUCAUCAGCGAGGACGGCGUCCUGGCCUCUUCGGGUGAGCUGGAAAACGACGAGCACACGGCCGGCGUGAUGAUGCAGAUGGUCCGCACGGCCGCUCGCUUUAGGUUGGCGGGAUCGCCCGACGUGCCCUUCAAACGCAUUUCGGUCAUCUUGGAGGAUUUUGUUUUCACAGUCACCGCUUCGGGUCAGAAGGUUUUUGUAGUCAAACGCCAGAACAACCAGCAGGAACCAAUCAGCGUUUAACCACCCCAAGCCAAAGUGAUGCCGCGUCCCGAAUAAAGUUUUUGCCAUGUCA